GCCUUCAGAUCUUCUAGGCGUCCUAAUCAUUGUCUACUCUAUUGAAAAUGGACCAGGAAAGAAUGAAAUUGUUUGCGGUGUUUAUUCUGCGUCUGAACUUGGGCAUUUAUGGGAUCCUAUCUGCAACAGCAAGGUGGGCACUUGACAAGGCAAUUGAACAUGAAAUCACUACAGUUGCAGGAUUAGAAUCUCCACUACCCAAUCUAUACUGGGCAAUCUAUUUUCCCAUGGGAAAUGCGGCCACGGGAUUCUUGAUAAUGUUUGCAUUGAUAGCAGGAGUGGCGGGAGGUGUUUCCUGCCUUUCUGGUUUUCAGCAUUCGCGGUCUUGGACAAGGAAUACUUUCGCCUCUGCUACCUCUGCUGCUUUCACAGCCUGGGGCCUCACUCUCUUGGCCAUGGGAUUGGCGUGCAAGGAAAUGCAGUUGCAGGGCCGAAAUUUGCUUCUGAAAACGGUGGAAUCAUUUGUGAUAAUUCUGUCCGCCACGCAACUGUUGUAUAUAGUUGCAGUCACUCACAUUGGCAUCCCUCAAUAGAGCUGCUUCUUUUCAUGGCACAAUGUUAAAGUAGAAAAAUUAAUUGUAUUAUAUAAAUGAAUAAUGAAAUCACAUAUUCUUUUCUUUGCCUCAGCAUGGAGUUUUCGAAUUUCUACUUCUAGUAAAUAAAGUUG